CUUUGAGAGACUGCUGCAGGACCCGGUCAGAGUCAGAUACUUCUCAGUGCGUCACACACUCACACACACACACACACACACACACACAUACACACACACACACAGCUUUGAGAGACUGCUGCAGGACCCGGUCGGAGUCAGAUACUUCUCAGAGUUCCUGAAGAAGGAGUUUAGCGAGGAGAAUAUUGUGUUCUGGCAGGCCUGUGAGUUCUUCAGCCAUGUCCCCGACAACGACAAGAAACAGUUAUCUCAGAGAGCUAGACAGAUCUAUAACAGUUAUUUAUCCAGUAAGGCCACAACGCCGGUCAACAUUGACAGUCAGGCCCAGCUGGCAGACGAUAUUCUCAACGCUCCCAGACCAGACAUGUUUAAGGAACAACAACUACAGAUCUUCAACCUGAUGAAGUUUGACAGCUAUACUCUCCCCCCUCCCUCCCCCCUUCCCUCUCUAGAUCUUCAACCUGAUGAAGUUUGA